AACGAGGCCACUGGAGCGAUUGCUAAUGAGAGACGAGUGCAACGCACGGCUUGAGAGCAGUGGAGCUUUUAUUAUGCCGCAGAUGACUGCUUCUGCUUCUUCCGGUCAAGCGUAUGUGUGAGACAGUCUGGAUGGCUGCAUCCCUGAUCAUGGAUACGAUUCCCGAUGGAGAUGAAGAUGAUGACCUGUUUGAGCUGGAAGCUGUUGGGAGAUCAUACAGAGCAGUGAGAUUUGAUCUGACACAUGGGGAUGAUGAAGACCUAGAGGCACAGCAUUACCAUGAGCCCAGACACAGAAAUUUACUGCAGAGGAAUAGCUGGUCCUCUUCAACGCAGAGGGUUCUGUCCUCCAUGCCUAGUCGCUCUAUCAGAUGGAAUCAGACAGCUGUAGUCUCCCAGUACCAGAGCCGAUCCACCAAAGCGCGAAGACGACGACCCCCUAACACUGUCUCCACCACUCCCUGCGCUGCAAACCAGGAUGUCUUUAGAGAGGCCAAGAACUGCGCUGUUGACGUGACCCAAAAGGAGGAGCUGCUAAAUAAACUACAAGAUUUGUCUGCUGAUGAAUGUGUACAUCUGUUGCGUGAAAUGCCUCUUAGUUUCUCUGAGAAGCAUGAGAUCAGAACUUUGUUCUUCUGUUUGAAGGCUGACAAGCCUAUUUCUGCAAACAGAGCCCUCCGCUGCCAUCAGUUUAAAGCUUGUUUCCUGAAGGUUUUGUGUGGUGGCUGGUUAGGACUCCAACUCUGGCAGAAAGUGCUUAAAAACAUCAGUGCUCGUUUUGGCACCGGGGUCCUGUCCUAUUUCAUCUUCCUCAGAAGAAUGUUGCACUACAACAUCCUCUUCUUUCUUAUCAACGGCAUUUUCCUGCUCCUACCACAAAUCUCAAAUCCACCUCCACCUUCAAAAGAUAAUUACACUUACCUAUGGAUGCUUACUGGCACAGGAAUUCUCACAGACUCUGUGAUGUUUUAUGGCCACUAUACCAACUCCACAAGUGGGAAUUGCCACGCUAAAACGUGUCCUCACAAUUACAAUAUACCCCUAGCAUAUAUUUUUUCGAUUGGAACAGGCAUGUUUGUCACAUGUGUAAUGCUUGUUUACAGCAUAUCUAAAUCAUUCGGAAAGAGUUUCUGCACAUUCAAGACUACUGGUAACCUAGCUUUGAAGGUUUUCUGCUCUUGGGAUUUUAAAGUCUGCAGGAAAAGGUCUGUUAAACUGCAGUCAGCGAACAUCUGCACUCAGCUGAAGGAGAUGCUGUCAGAGCUCAGCUGCAGAAAACAGAAGAGGAACUUGAGUUCAACGUUGGGCUGGUUGGGUGUACACUUACUAGUAUGGUCCAUUUGCCUAAUUUCCAUUGCUGCCUCCAUGAUAGCUGUUUACUACAUUCAGCCUAUAAUUGAGCCCAGUGGACAUAUGAAUGACCCUCUCCAGUUGCUGACCCUGCCUUUGGUCGUGUCUUGUAUCAGUCAUCUUCUUCCUGGUUUCUUCGACAUGUUAUCCAAGGGAGAAUAUUAUGACUCCCCAAGCGUUCACAUUUACGUGUCCAUUGCAAGGAACCUGUUGUUGAAGGGUUGCAUUUUUAGUGUAUUGUGUUACUAUUGGCUCAAGAAAAUCGGUGACAGUCUGGCAGGCCAAAAUAAACAGUGCUGGGAGACACUUGUUGGACAGGAGCUUUAUCGUUUGGUUUUAAUGGAUCUAAUAGUUGCGUUGCUGUACAUCAUCUUUGCAGAGUUUCUGUGGGGGCUGUGUAUUAGUAACAUCACAUUUCGAAGAAGGAAACUAGAGUUUGACAUUGCACGAGAUGUUCUGGAGCUCAUCUAUGGUCAAACACUUGUGUGGUUUGGUGUGCUGUUUUCACCACUGUUGCCUGCAGUGCAAAUUGGGAAACUGUUUAUCUUGUUCUACUUCAAAAAGACAAGUUUGACGAAGAACUUCCAAGCACCCAGGAAACACUGGAGGGCCACUCAGAUGAGCCUUCUUUUCAUCAGCCUCCUGUUUUUCCCCUCCUUCAUUGGGGCCCUUACAUGUGUCGUAUAUACAAUGUGGAGGAUCAAGCCCUCAUCACAUUGUGGGCCCUUCAGGAACAGCAACAUGCUCUACUUAGGCAAGCAAUGGAUCAAAAAUCUGGGGAAGUCGAACCCCAGUAUGCACUGGCUCAGCUGGGCUUAUGAUAACUUGGUGGACAACCCUUUUUUCCUCUUCCUUAUUGUAGGCUUGUUCCUAACCAUCAUAUACAUACACAUGCAAGUUUUGGAUGGCCAAAAGAUGAUAAUUGGAAAGUUACAAGAACAGAUAGACCAUGAGGGUGAAGAUAAGAAGUUCCUCAUAGCUAAAAUACAGGCCCUCAAUGAGGAGAGUGCUCAGCAGUGAGCUUUCAACAUCGUCUCGUGGUUGAUUUCCUUCUUGUGAACAAGGGCUGAGUGUUUCCUUGACCAUGUCACUUCUUGAUUACUUGUAUUAUCCAGGAAGGCUGGAUUCCACAGAAGAUGACUUUGGAAGAAUACAUUGUGGUAACCCCCCACAAAAAACAUAAAACCUGAAAAACCGGUGCAUCUUAUGUAGAAGAUGGAAAUCAGAUUACCACUGUAUUCUGGAGUCAAAUGACACUGAUAUUUGGUAGUGCCACUGUCAUGUAAUCAUAUAUAAAUAUUUUGAAAUGCACAAGGUUCAUUUUUGCUUAUGGAAAUGUUUGUUCUUCAUGCCACUGCAAGGGCAUCUAUAUUUUUGUGUGGCUGAAAAUGUGGUCUAAUGAUAAUUUUAAAUAUUUAGAGAACUGUUUCAAAGAGGAACAGGCUAUGAAUACGCAGUCAGUUAUUUAUUUGUUUCUUGCGACAUGUUGAUGAGACUUCAGUUUUUCUAUCUGCUGUCUUUUGGAGGUUUAAGGUCUAUCAAUAAUUGCAACAUAUCUGUAAAUGACAAUUAUUUUUUAAUUACUCUUCUUGUUUAUAACAACUCUCUGAAAUACUUGUGUCAAAUGUGGCAUUCCAUGAUGAAGUAUUUUUGUUUGCAUACAAUUUUUCUAUACACACACAUAUUUUUUUAUUUUUUAUUUUUUUGCAGCAAUGCCAUAGAAGAACUAUUUUUGGUUCCCCAAAGUACCUUUCAGUGAACAGUUAUUACAAGAACCAUUGUUUUUUUUGUUUUUUUUAUGUUUUAUUAUUAUUAUUAUUAUUUAUUACUAUGAUCUUUAUGGAACCAUCAAUGCCAUUAAAUAACCUUUAUUUUUAAGACUGUAGUUGUGCUAGUUUCAUUUGUUAUGAAUCAAUUUUGUGAUAAAAGCUGACUGAACAUUACUCAUUAUUUUUGUUAGCAGUCUCCAUGAAAAUGAAAUAUACUAAGGUCAUUACACUUGAGGGCAUACUUAAGGACAUUGUAAUGUACAGUAUGCGGUAAUAUUUAGUAAAGCUAUGCAGUGGGGGAAUUCUGAAGAAUUGCUGGCCAGAGCUUAGAAUGCUGUGAAGUACUGCAUUCUGUGGGAGGAGUUUCUUAAACUUGUCUGACGUCCACCUUAUAAAGGAGCUACUUUGGUACUUUGCUCCCAACAUAUCAACAGCCAUUCAAGCAUCUGAGGAGGGUAUAUGUGCAGUACAUAGAGUUUAACAAUGGAAUCCACACAACGUUUAUACAUCCGCCUCUCAGAGGAAAAUAAGGAAUUUCUAAGCUCUGGAGAAUGGGACCAUGGGAUUGUUGUUACAGAUCUGAAUCCAUAUGUGACCAAUAGUGAGCUUCACAGCUUCUUUCAAACAUUUGGGACAAUUACAGAAUGUGAUAUCACGAUUGACAGGUCGUCAGGAUGGCCAAAGGGUGUGGGCUUUGUGAGAUAUUCGUCUUCAAAAGAAGCUGAAGCAGCACAAGCAGAUGGGCCACGCUAUCUUGGAGGUUUUCAGAUAUGGAUCAACAAAGUUGUUACACCAAAAUUAAAUGAAGCAUGUCAGUUAAAUACUCCUCAAGACCAAUCCUUUCAGCCAAACGUGUGUGUGAACUAGAAGUGGAAUAUAAGGACACCACCAUUCGCUGGAGUGAUUUGCACUAAACCUCAUCCUACCAUUUUACUGAAAGAAAUGUGUGGACUAAAUGUUUCUGUAUUUCAAUGUAAAUUGUACCAUUUUGUACUUUCAUUAUUACAUUAAAAUCCUGUUCGAUUUAAUGUUGAUAAAAUGCCCUAUAAUGUGAAGGAUCGCUUUUUAUGUAUGCCUGAGAUGUUGAAUAAAUUUAUCCAGUUCUUAGUG